GAGUUCAAGCAUCAGGCCUGCGAAUCUCUGCUCUUGUCCUGUCUCUUCGCUCUCACGCUGCGUUCUCUUUCCCACCUCGCAGAUCGCUUUACCUCGUCUCUCUCUCUCUCUCUCUCUCUCUCUCUCUCUGCGUGGAAUCACUUCCUGUCUCUCGGAAAUCACUCGCUAACAGAUGGCAGCACAGGCAGCAAAUUCUGCUGCUCCUUUACCCAGUGCCCAAUUUGUCUGUAAUGCCUUUGUUGACCAGUAUUACCACAUUCUUCACAUAUCGCCAGAACUUGUUUAUAAAUUUUACCAAGAUAAAAGUGUGGUAAGCCGGCCAGACUCUAAUGGUGGAAUGACUUCAGUGACAACCAUGCAGGCAAUCAAUGACAAGAUUCUAUCAUUGGGUUAUGGAAAUUACAAGGCAGAGAUCAAAACUGCUGAUGCACAGGGGUCCUACAUGGAAGGAGUGAUUGUUUUAGUAACUGGAUGCUUGACUGGGAAGGACGAUGUGAAAAGGAAAUUUGCACAGACUUUCUUCCUAGCUCCACAAGAGAAAGGAUAUUUUGUCCUUAAUGAUGUUUUUAGGUAUGUUGAUGGAAAUGAAUCAUUGGAUAUCAAUCCCCCGGCAGUUAAUGACAUCAAUGAUGAUGCUCUGGUUGCCCCCAUGCCAUCAGAGCCAGAGCCCAUUAAUGCUCCUGAUCAUCCUGAGCCUGAGCCCAGCAUGAGCUUUGAGUCUGAGGGUCUGAAUAAUGGUGCAGAAGUUUGUGAUCCCUCAGACCAUGAGGAAGGGUCAGUUCUGGAAGAAGAGGUUAUUGAUGAACCCCCAAUGAACUCGAGUCAGAAUGAAACUAUUCCCAUUAUAAUUUCAGAUCCUUCUACUGCUCAUGAGGACAAGAAAUCAUAUGCUUCAAUUGUGAAGGCGACUAAGGCUGCUAAAACUUUUACUCCAGUCUAUGUUCCUACCGGUAGAGUGAGCAUGCCAUCUGCAAAUGAUGAACCGCCACUGGUUUCUGCUGAAAUAUCCCCUGAAUUAGAAGUUUCAGUUACUACUGGUGAUAGUGCUCCAGAAACUACUGAUGCUCAUGAAGAAGUUGAAGGCCACUCCAUUUACAUACGGAAUUUGCCUUUGAACGCAACGACUGCACAGCUUGAUGAGGAGUUCAAAAAAUUUGGCCCUAUUAAGCAUGGGGGAAUUCAAGUCCGGAGUAAUAAGCAUCAGGGAUUUUGUUUUGGCUUUGUUGAGUUUGAAUCAUUGAAUUCCAUGCAGGCUGCUAUAAAGGCCUCGCCUAUAGAGAUUGGGGGUCGCCAAGCUGCUGUAGAGGUGAAAAGGACUACCACUCGAGUUGGCACCAGUGGAAGAGGAAGGUACCCAUCAGGCAGGGGGGGAUACCGGAAUGACAGUUUCAGGGGUCGCAACAACUUUGGUGGUGGCAGGGGCUAUAGCAGGAAUGAAUUUAGAAACCAGGGCGAUUUUUCAGGUCGACCUAGGGGUCCAAGUGGACGCAGUGGAGAGGGUUAUCAACGUGUAGAUCAGAAUGGAACUGGAAGAUUUGAUCGUCAAGGUGGACCGAAGAGCGCUGCUGGUUCUGGGUGAUAGCUGUUCUAUCAUCAUCUACCAGUCACUAUCCCUAUAGAAAAUGAGAGACGCCCCUCUUCAUUUUCUUUUCGGUGUCUAGGUUAGGUGUUAAUAUUUUUGCUAUGUUAACCCCAUUUUUCAUCAUUGGGAUAAUGGGUUAGGGGGAUACGCCAGUUGGUUAGUUGGUCUAUGCAUUGAAACGAUCAAUUAGUCCAUAAAUGUCAUGAAAAGGUGGUUUGGUGCAUCUUUAUUCUCA